UUUAUCACGUUUACACCGUUAUUUUUGUAAUAUUAAUUGAACAUAGAUAACCAAGAUUAAGAAGAGUGAAUAGUAAAUAACUUAAGUCAACUCCACCAUUGUGAUGUACAAUUCGAAAACAAAGCUAAAAACACACUGAGGUGUGUUUUAUAAUCUGUGGUAGUAUCAUAGAAAGGAUAUUUCGCUGAUAAUUUUAAUAGGUUUUACCUUAAAUACCUAGUUACCUACCUAAUACCUAUGUUUGUUAAAAUUAUAUUCUAUAUCUACACUCAUAAAUUAAUUACGUUAAAUUCAUAGAAAUUGUGGUAUACGUUUAUUAGUCAUAAAAUUAUUAGAUGUGGCUUAAAACAAUUAACAUUUUAUUACGAACUGUAAUGUCGAUAAUAUAUAUUUUAUAAUUCACAAUUGUCAACAGACAUAGCAAUAUUAUGUUGCACUUUCUAUAAUAUUUCUCUAUGAUUUAUGAAAAGCAAUAAAUCAAAUACCAAUUAUAUUGAGGUGAGCAAUAUCAAUUUUGAUAUUAACUUGUGAUAAUUUUAAUUGUGUUUGUUUGUCUAGUGAUACUAAAAUUUAUACCAUGGAUACCCAAUAUAAAGAACUGCAUAAAGAAGCAAUGUCAAAUCAAACAGGUUCAUCAUUAAUUGAAAUAUACACAUCUCUAUUUUCAUUACCAAUUCAUCUAAUCAUAUUUAUAUGGAUGUCCGUAGGUACAAACUAUAGUACAAAAAUGAAUUCUCCUAAUUUUUGGAUGUUUUUAUUAGAGUUUCUAAUUAUGAUUCUGCCAACUGUAUUUAAUUUUACUUUACUUUCAGAAUACUCUGAUGCUCAGUUUAAAUUUUAUUUUAUUGUUUUCACAAUUCAAUUUUCUUGGUUGUUAUUAAAUCAUAAUUACGUAACAUCAAGUAGUAUUAAAACAAAAAAAAGUCCUCACAUGACUUUUUACAGGUUUAUGCUUAACACUUAUACAGUAUUUUGUAUACUUGCUGUUGAUUUUAAUGUAUUUCCUAGACGUUUUGCAAAAACUGAAAAGUUUGGCCAUGGUUUAAUGGAUAUUGGUGUUGGUUGUUAUGUUUGUUCUAAUGCCUUAUUGUUUACAAUUCCUAAAGUGAAUAAUAUUAUAAAAUAUUCAUUCAAGGUUCUUAAACAAAUUUUACCAUUACUUUUGUUAGGAUUUGGUCGUAUUUAUUUUGUUACAAAAGCAGAUUAUAAUCAUUAUGUGUUUGAGUAUGGCGUACAUUGGAAUUUUUUCAUGACUUUAGCAUUUCUUAAAAUAUUAAAUCUAUUUAUUUUACCCUUCAUUAGUACUUGUUGUCUAUCUGGCUUAGCUACAGUUUUGGUUUUUAUUUAUGAAAUAGCAUUAAAUUUUGGUCUUGCAGAUUGGAUCAUGAGUGAUGCUCCCAGAGAUUCAUUAUUCUCAGCAAACCGAGAAGGUAUUUUAUCUUUAAUAGGUUAUGAAGCACUAUUUUUAUAUUCCUUAUCAAUGAAAUGGCACUUUUCAGUUUUUAUUAAAAAAAAUUAUUUAAUAAACAACAUAUCUAUUUUAAUAGCGACUGCUUUUAUGUCUGUAGCUUUAUUUUUUUUGACAACAAUUUUAAGUUAUUUUUUUGGUGUUUCUAGAAGAUUAGCCAAUGCUGGUUAUGUUUACUGGACAUUAUCAAUAUCUUGCUAUAUGUUAUUCAUGUCGAUAAUUAUUGAACAUUUCAUUACCAUAAUUUUGCAAAAAAAAGGUUAUAUGAGUGAAUUCAAUAAAAUCUCGUUAAUAAUAGAUAGUAUUAAUGAUAAUUUGUUACUUUUCUUUUUAUUUGCUAAUAUUAUAACUGGAAGUCUGAAUAUGUGCAUGUAUACUUUAACAAUGAACACAAUUAACAGUUUAAUUAUUUUGUCUCUAUAUAUGUUUGUUAUUUACUAUUCAAUUUAUAUUUUACACAAUUAUAAAAAUAAAAUAAUUUGAUUAUAGUAUUAUUCUUAAUUUUUUUUUUACAUUGUAGUAUUUGCUAUUGUUUUUUUGGUAAAUGGUACAUUGUCUUAUAUUGUUUCUUUAAAUAAAGUUAUAUAAUGUAAUACUUGGUUUUAAAAUAAACAUGUUUUCUUCUUCCCUAGAUUACUAAUAAAGUUUAGUAAUAAAGAAUUAAUAUGCAAUUAUUAUUAUAAUAGUUUAAUUUGAAUUAUAUUUUUGUAAUGGGAAC